AAAACCUGCCCACAAGGGACACAGACGCUGCGGCUCUGCAACAAAAAAAAGAAGCUGGAAAAUUACCGAAACACAGAGCGUGGACUGGCUUUUUCUUCGGGGGAGCUACGCAAAAAGAAGAAGAAGAAAAAAAAAACAAGAGCUGGAACGACAUCGCGCACGAUUUGUUUUUUAAAUUGUAAAAAAGGGGCGAGACAGGGCCUCCUGGGAGAGAAGUAGCGUAAACGUGUAGACAGACUCGCAUUUGACUGAGCUUGCAACGAGGACGUUUUGCCAUUAUUCCUUCAACCAAGAAGACGACGGCGUUGCCUCAUUGUGGUUGCGAUGGAUUCUGGAAAGCGAAUCACCUUCCCGUUGAUGCUGUGCGUCGGGACCGCUGUGUUUGGAUCCCUGCAGUUCGGGUACAACACGGGCGUCAUCAAUGCGCCUCAAAAGAUUAUCGAGAACUUCAUCAACAACACAUGGGCUGAGCGCUACCAGGAGCCUAUUUCGGACACCACCCUAAAAGCCAUCUGGUCCGUUGCGGUGGCCAUUUUCUCCGUCGGCGGCAUCUUCGGCUCCUUCUCAGUCGGCGUCUUUGUCAACCGCUUUGGAAGGAGAAACUCCAUGUUCAUGGCCAACAUCCUGGCUCUCGUCUCAUCGGCUCUGAUGGGCUUCUCCAAAACAGCAUCCUCCUUUGAGAUGCUCAUCAUCGGUCGCUUCAUCGUGGGCUACUACUCGGGCCUCUCCACCGGUCUUGUGCCCAUGUAUGUGGGCGAGGUGUCGCCGACAGCACUUCGCGGGGCUCUGGGGACCCUCCACCAGCUUGGCAUCGUCCUGGGCAUCCUCAUUGCACAGGUAUUCGGAUUGGAGGCCAUCAUGGGCAACAGCGAAUUGUGGCCGCUCCUCUUGGGCUUCAUUUUCGUCCCAUCGGUGAUUCAGUGCAUCCUGCUGCCUUUCUGUCCUGAAAGCCCACGAUUCCUGCUCAUCAACAAAAAUGAAGAAAACAAAGCCAAGACUGUGCUGAAGAAACUCAGGGGCACGAGCGACGUGAGCGCCGACAUGCAGGAGAUGAAGGAGGAGAGCCGGCAGAUGAUGCGGGAGAAGAAGGUGACAAUAGCGGAGCUGUUUCGCUCCCCGCUCUACCGCCAGCCCCUCAUGGUCGCCGUGGUGCUGCAGCUUUCCCAACAGCUGUCAGGCAUCAACGCUGUCUUCUACUACUCCACAAGCAUCUUUGAGAAAGCUGGAGUGGCGCAGCCAGUCUACGCUACCAUCGGAGCCGGUGUCGUUAACACAGCUUUCACUGUGGUGUCGCUGUUUGUGGUGGAGCGUGCUGGUCGUAGGUCUCUCCACCUUUUGGGACUGCUAGGAAUGGCCGGUUCUGCUCUCCUGAUGACCAUCGCCAUGGCUCUGCUGGAGCAGGUCAAAUGGAUGUCGUACCUGAGCAUCGUGGCCAUCUUCGCUUUUGUGGCCUUCUUUGAGAUCGGACCGGGUCCCAUCCCCUGGUUCAUCGUGGCCGAAUUGUUCUCUCAAGGGCCGAGGCCUUCAGCCAUGGCUGUGGCUGGGUUCUCCAACUGGACCGCCAACUUCAUUGUGGGCAUGGGCUUCCAGUAUUUAGCGACGGCGUGCGGCGCCUACGUCUUUGUCAUUUUCAUCGUGCUGCUGCUCUUCUUCUUCGUCUUCACCUACUUCAAAGUCCCCGAGACCAAAGGCCGGACUUUUGACCAGAUCGCCUCGGGCUUCCGCCAGAGCGGCGUAACCGGCGGCGACAAGCACGAGGAGCUCAAUAGCCUGGGGGCCGACUCGCAGCUCUGAAGCGGCCCCCGCCCCCAAGCGAUGCGACAAACUCUUGAUCACAGUGAGGAGGGGACCGACCGGCUAAAGGUGGGGAACGGGAAGAAAGUGGGCUGGAGGGGUCUAGACUGGUCUCAGCAUAGAAUCAUUUUCACAAUGUCAGCACAUUUCGAUCCUCUUUUACUUGUGCUGCCCAGCCCCUACUGACACACGCACACCUACUCAGCCACUUCUCUCCGCGCCGUGUCACUCAAAUCACUCAAUGGGAAACUUAUGGCCUGGGAGAUGUGAAAAAGGCCUGUCAGAAGAUUUCUAAUAUUUCAAAGAAAGACCGCCUUUUUUUCUUAUUUUUAAACAACAGAUCUACUUUUUCACUGAGCAAUCAUACUGUAAAAUGCUGUUGCGUUUACACUGUAGACUCUCGCACUGUAGCUCCUGCACGGCUUUUUCUCCAGAUGGCGCACUUUUCCAUGGAAUAACCACCCCAUUAGGUUACUGAGGAAAAAGUGAAUUCGUUCACAUUUUGUUACUUCUUUUAAUAUAUAUGUCUUUUACUUUUUGACUAUAGCGUGACAAUAUUUUGCCCUAUUUCUCUAGAAAAAGUACAGAUGUAGUUUAUAAUGUUUGAGUUUAGGAUGCUACUAGGGGAAUUCGGACCUCUUCAUUGCCAAAAGUGGCUGCGGUCUUGUGAGCCCCGAAAACAGUUGGAAAGGUGAUCAAAUCAAAUUUUAAUAUUUUAAGCAGAAACUUAUUAGAUCAAAAUUAUACUCUUCCAAGAAUAUAGUCACAGUACUAGUACAAGUAGACUAAUUAAAAAAAGAAAAAGGCAUGUGAGGAUUUGCAGAACCAAUCAAUUAAAUCCAACUUUAUUUCCAGUAUACUGCUGUGAAUGUUCAGCCAACAUUUUAAGAGGAUGAGAUACAACUGUUAUUUUCACACUAAAAAAAAAAACUAAAAUCUUGCGCUAGUUAUGUCUGGCUGAAGUCUUGUGAGGUUCUUUUCUGUCAGAGCAUUUUCAUGGCUGGAAAAGUAUAUUUGUAGAGUGGAAGUCAGUGAGAAAAAUGGACCAAAAAUGAUAGUAGUCAGCAAUAUUAUCUUGUCUUGGAGCAAUUCUCCAAGCCUUGCUAUUCGUUCCAUUGUGGAGGUUUUGUUGCGCGUUGCCAUGUGUUGCAGUGUCGUUGAGCUUGCUCGGCCUGGCUGUCUACCGCUGCUGUAUCACUGCUCUCGUUUGAGGAAAUCAGUCAAAUGAAAAUAUAUAUAUAUACACUUUUAGCAGCACUUUAUUAUUCAUAUUUCCUUGUGUCUGGGAAACAAUUGAAAUCUCUGCUCCAGAGGAGAGCGGCUGCUCAAUGACUUGAGAUGGGAUUGUGUCAUAUUUGCAUAUCUCUUUGUUUCGUGGCUUCUUUUUUUGCAUUUUCUUUUCAUGCAAAGUUCCUACAAAUUAAGGUCACUUGUUGGCACGAUGUAUCAUCCAAUUAGGACUUUAAUCCAUAUUAUUUGUCAUUGUGACCAUUCCAUAAGUUAUUAGCAUAAUGUCGCUGGCCACUAAAAAAAAUUUGUAGAUUUUGUCAAGAACUAUUUUGGGGGAAAAUCGUCAAAAUAAUCAUUUUGUUGCCAUGCUGGGCUCACAUUAGGUGGUGCGGAAAAAAAAGUAUGAGUCCAGUAGCUUGUGCAAAAUGGCUGCUUCAAAUCAAUAUGUCUGACUUCCUGUUCAUUUUUUGAACACAGACUAUUGAAUGCAUCCGAUUAUGAUGUCCAAACCAAUUUUGUGUCAAUUGGUGAAAUUACUGUAAGGAGGCUGAUAUUUUUGAUCUUUUCCAAGUGGUAUUUCUGCAAAAAAAAAGGGUGUUUUUAAUUUAUGUAUUUAAGUAUUUUGCUUCAGAUCCUUAAAAUACUUUCUCAUAAAACACUGAAGGUGGACUUACCUGUUUUUUUUUUUUUUUAUUGGACAGCGACUACAUUUUGAAUGACUUAUUUGUUUUUGUGCCAACCAAUCUGUGCCUUUCAAGCGACCUGCAAGUGCACUCCAUUUACACACGCACACAAACGUGGGUAUUUGUUAUACUGACACAUGCAAGCCUUUUUAAACAUCAUCUUGUAAAUACAAACACCACAGCCACCCACCCCCACAAAACUUUUUUUCACAUGAUUAAAAGGAUGCUCCAUUAUUAGAUUGUUACUGCAAAGGGGACUGUACUUUAAAAAAAAAUGUAUUUUAGCCUCCACACACGUCACGUUAUGGGAUUGUUACUGCAAAGAGGACUGUACUUUUAAAAAAUGUAUUUUAGCCUCCACACACUUUUAUUCAAUCAUCAGAUAUCACAUGUUGAAAGAGUGAAAUACCAAGUGUUCUUAUUUUAGGGAACAAAAAAACAUUGUAGUGUUUUAAUAAUUUUUAAAAAAGUAAAUGUGUGUUGCUUUUGAGAAGCUGAACCUCAUUUGUUUUGAGGAGAAUGUCAAAAUCUGGCUGAAUAAAGGAAGUGAUGCACAUUG